CAUAAGAGGCCAUGUCAAGGGGCGGUAACCGCAGCAAGUCCCGCCUGGUCCUGGACUCCUAGUGGAUUUUCGCGGCUUCUGGCUUGCUAGAGGUAGCCGACUCCGCACUCCCGUCGUCAACCCAUUUUCUAGCUGAGCGGAGCGAGGUGGCGGCGCCGAGCCAGGUCCCACCAUGGCGGCAAAUUAUUCCAGUACAGCUCCCAGGAGAGAACAUGUCAAAACCAGCACCAGCCCCCAGCCCGGCUUCCUGGAGCGACUGAGCGAGACCUCGGGCGGGAUGUUCGUGGGCCUCAUGACCUUCCUGCUGUCCUUCUACUUAAUCUUCACCAACGAGGGCCGUGCGUUGAAGACAGCAACCACGCUGGCCGAGGGGCUCUCGCUUGUUGUGUCCCCCGACAGCAUCCACACUGUCGCUCCAGAGAACGAGGGGAGGCUGGUCCACCUCAUCGGGGCCCUGCGGACGUCCAAGCUCUUGUCUGAUCCAAACUACGGGGUCCACCUCCCGGCUGUGAAACUGCGGAGGCACGUGGAGAUGUACCAGUGGGUAGAGACCGAGGAGUCCAGGGAGUACACCGAAGACGGGCAAGUGAAGAAGGAGACGAGAUACUCCUACAACACCGAAUGGAGGUCGGAAGUCAUCAAUAGCAAAAACUUCGACCGAGAGAUUGGCCACAAAAACCCCAGUGCGAUGGCAGUGGAGUCGUUCACGGCCACAGCCCCCUUUGUCCAGAUUGGCAGGUUCUUCCUCUCGGCAGGCCUCAUCGACAAAGUGGACAACUUCAAGCCACUGAGCCUGUCCAAGCUGGAGGACCCCCACGUGGACAUCGUCCGCCGCGGAGACUUCUUCUACCACAGUGAGAACCCCAAGUAUCCGGAGGUUGGAGACCUCCGUGUCUACUUCUCCUACGCGGGACUGAGCGCCGAUGACCCUGACCUCGGCCCUGCUCACGUGGUCACCGUGAUUGCCCGGCAGCGGGGUGACCAGCUAGUCCCCUACUCCACCAAGUCUGGGGACACCUUGCUGCUCCUGCACCACGGGGACUUCUCCGCAGAGGAGGUAUUUCAGAGAGAACAGAAGAGCAACUCCAUGAAGACCUGGGGCCUGCGGGCCGCUGGCUGGAUGGCCAUGUUCAUGGGCCUCAACCUCAUGACGCGGAUCCUCUAUACCCUGGUGGACUGGUUUCCCGUCUUCCGAGACCUGGUCAACAUCGGCCUGAAAGCCUUCGCCUUCUGCAUGGCCACCUCGCUGACCCUGCUGCCCGUGGCUGCCGGCUGGCUCUUCUACCGGCCGCUGUGGGCCCUCUUCCUCGGCUGCCUGGCCCUGGUGCCCAUCAUCGUUGCUCGGACACGGGGCUUGGCCAAAAAGCUGGAGUGAAACCGGCCCUGGCACCAGCCCGACACCGACGUGAGCCUCAGCAUCCCGGUGUCCUCUUGCCACUGACAGCCCCAGGCCAGAGAGGCGGCCCGUCAGUCAUGGAUCCUGGAGCCCCCUCCUCCUCCCCGGGCCAGGCCGGGCAGCGUGCACGUCGGGUAUGGUGUGCGUCAGUUUUCCCUGCUUUCCCGCCAGUCAGCAGCUCUGGUGAGCAGAGGCAUCCCGAAUGGCAACCUAGAAGCCUUCUUCCGCUUGUUUCCUUCCCUUCUCUGGGGACUGAGCAGGGGUGGCCAGGGCCGUGUCUCACCUCACUGGGCUGAUGUGUCGCCAGAUGACGAAGCAGAGAUGCUCCCCGAGACCUGCUGAUCCAGGGCUCAGCCGUGUCACUUACAGCUUUCCUCCUCACCGAG